GUUCAGUGCUUCUCCACGUAGAUGAUGAGUGCAUGAGCCGUAUUAGAGUCCACCUCUCUGGCUGUGUGCAAGUGUCUUUAGGAGGAGGAUGAUACCCUAAACCGGACUUUCUCCCCUUUUUCUCUCACUCUCUCUGUCUGUGUGUCUCCUCUCCGGUGUUUCCUGCUCUACACCUGGCCUCCAUGAGUUUAACUAAGGACAAUCAACCCCUCCCUGGAAGAUGGGAAAUGCUUCAGACACAUCUGCUGUGUUUGCCUCCACCAUCUCGAAGGAGCACGACAUCAUCAUGGGCUCCCUCUACAGCGUGUUUUGUGUACUGUCCCUCAUAGGAAACUGCGUCCUGCUGCUUGUUGCGUAUCACAAGCGGUCCACCCUGAAGCCCGCUGAGUUCUUCAUCAUAAAUCUCUCCAUCAGUGACCUCGGGAUGACGCUCUCUUUAUUCCCGUUGGCAAUACCAUCAGCGUUCAUACACAGGUGGCUGUUUGGAGAGCUCACCUGUCAGCUCUAUGCCAUGUGUGGAGUUCUGUUUGGUCUCUGCAGCCUGACUAACCUCACGGCCCUCUCCCUGGUGUGCUGCCUUAAAGUCUGCUUCCCUAACCACGGUAACAAGUUCUCCUCGUCACACGCCCGCCUCCUGGUGGUGGGGGUCUGGUGCUACGCCUCAGUGUUUGCCGUGGGGCCCCUGGCGCAGUGGGGCCGUUACGGUCCUGAACCUUACGGCACAGCCUGCUGCAUCGACUGGCGGGCUCCAAACUACGAGCUGUCAGCGCUGUCUUACAUCGUCUGCCUCUUCCUGUUCUGCUACACUCUGCCCUGCACCGUCAUCUUCCUCUCCUACACCUUCAUCCUGCUGACGGUGCGGGGGUCCCGUCAGGCCGUGCAGCAGCAUGUGUGUCCCCCUCAGACGAGGACCACCAACGCACACUCUCUCAUUGUCAAGCUAUCAGUAGCAGUGUGUAUCGGCUUCCUGGGUGCCUGGACUCCGUAUGCCAUCGUGGCCAUGUGGGCUGCUUUCGGAGAUGCCACGCUGGUGCCUCCUGAGGCCUUCGCCAUCGCCGCCGUGUGUGCCAAGUCCUCCACCAUCUACAACCCUCUGGUCUACCUGCUGUGUAAACCUAACUUUCGGGAGUGUCUGUACAGAGACACGUCUAUGAUACGAAAGAGGAUCUACAGGGGGAGUCCGAUGUUAGAACCCAAAGAACGCUUCGCCUCGCAGCAGAAACAGGACGUGAGCCUCUCAACGCGCUUCUCAAACGGACAGCAGGAGAGCUACGGGGCGCUUCUGCACUGCACUGCAGCGCCGGGUCAUGUGGACGCACCCCAAAGGACCGCCUGCAUCCUGACUGCCUCCCCCUUCAGAGGUGUCUGCCAGCUCUCCACCAAACCACAGGCUGAAUUCGUCAAGUGGAACUCCUUCUUUCAUGAGGCAAACCGGAGAGGACAGGUGCUUGGAAAGAUAGAGGGAGCACGGACAGCAGAACCACAAAGGGCCUUCACAGGUUACACUGCCCACAAGACUGUAAGAAGAACAAGACCACAGGCGGGCACGGACCUUUAGUGGAAUACUUUUUUAAGGACAACAAUAAAGAGCCCCUUUAUGGAGGUUCAAGAAAUCUGAGAAUAUUUAAAUGUUAGUGUGAAAUGUGUUUCCUGUUUGGUUUCAACGUGCAGUAAAGGAAUAGAACUGGAUGUUGCCGGAGCAAAGUGCGUGACAUAACAUUUCAUUUGCUGAUAAACCAUGUAUUAUCCGGGCCAGGACUUCCUCCUCGCUGCGCAGCUUGUCCGAUUAACAACUUGAGAUGCAAGAGUGGAGUGGAAGUCUCAGCUCUAUAAAAAGAUGUCUACAUACGGGGGCGGAUAGAUACAUGUGAAGCGCAUGAAAAGAGGGUUCCAGGAUUAUAUUCAUGACAAGAAUUUCCUUCUCUUUUCACACGGACUGUUUACCUGCAUGCAACCAAAGCCUGCUAGAAUGUGAUUGGUCUAUACUGAUCGGACUACAAAAGGACAAAACCAGGACUACAAAUUCAAUACCAAAACCCUGUCCUGUUGCCUAAAGACUUGGCAAUUAUUGUGGAUAUGUAGGUAUUAAACCCCCGCCCCCACCCCACAAGCCUGAAUAUGGAUUACGUAACCAGUGGAUCCAUCAUCAGAGUGAAGUCAAACUGACAGCUGCGGUUUUGUGUGAGGAAUAAUUAGCUGCUUCUUUUGGUGGCUGCUUUAAGCCUCCAGGGGCCGAUUAUUUAAUGCUAUAAAUAAAGCUUUAGACGGAGUCUUAUUUUUACUUUGCUGUAGCCUGUGGCCCCCCCCCCGCCCACACUAUUUCAUGGAAAGAAGACAUUUAAAUGUGGACAAUUAAUUCACAUAUUUAGGCAAAUAUUGUGACUGAAAAUGAGACUUGUUUGUUGAGAAAAACACAUUUUCUUUUAGAAUAUUCCUUAGGAUUCAUCUGGAUUAAAUUAGGAUUAAUAAUAAAGGGGCUUCGCUAUACCAAGGUGAUAAACCCUCUAAUAAGACCAAGAAGAAACGGGGUGUCCAGGCGACUAACACCGAGCUGUGAGAAUAUUUAAAGCAAGUCAAUAUUUCCCUCAUUGAUAAUUAAAUCACUUCUUUAAUGGUUGUGAUUUGAAUAAUUGGACAGACGUUU